AGGCAGUGAGAACGUUGGGGUAAAGGACCUCUUGGGUUCUUGCAAAAUUUCUGAUAUUUCAUAGGAAUUUUAGGGAAUGGCCUUCGCGAGUUUUGUUAUUUUCUAAGGAAACUCGAAUUCUUUUAGCAAUUCCUGGGACUUACGAUAGCAGUUCUUUAGUGGCUUUCGGUUCUAUUUAUGGUUUAAGAACAAGUCCCAUUUGUUGUUCUUUUGAAUGAUUUCUAUUUGCUAUGGUAUAAUAUUCUCUGAUGGUUACUGGUUUUUUCUCUGCGAAAUUGAAAGAUUCUUAGAACAAUUUCAAGGAGGAUCAGUUUCUUGAGUUGGGUGUGAUUUUCCAGGAAAAGAUGGCAUUUUUUAGUGGGUUAUGUAUUGGUUUGAGUUUUCUCUUUGGUUGCAUCCUCUUGGGCCUUGUUGCAGAACUUUACUAUUUGUUGUGGUGGAAGAAAAGAAUCACCAACACAGAGGCUGAAAAUCACCAUACCAACCACCCCACUGGGCUUUUCUCUCUCUUCUGCUUUAAAAAACCUGAGCCCGAGUCUGUGAAGAGCAAUACCACCGAGGAACUCAACAGUUCUUCUGUGAACCCUGAUGCCAAUGCCCACGAAAAAGACCUAGAGUUAGGGACAGGCAAGGAUUUGCUGCUGAAAGGCUGUGGUGAAGAAAGUGUAGAGUCAGAGCUCAUGCGGCUGCACAAUCUCUGUGGGCCACCACGAUUUCUCUUCACAAUCAAUGAGGAAACUAAAGAGGAUUUGGAGUCGGAUGAUGGCAAAUCAAGAGGUGAUAGAAGCAGAAAAGGGUCAAGAACAAGAAGCUUGAGUGAUCUUAUCAUUGCUCUUGAUACUCCUUUUCUUACCCCUAUGUCUUCACCAACCUUCAUGGCUCACACUUUGGAUUCUUAUAACCACCAAGGAUUCAAUUUCAAUCCUCUCUUUGAAUCAUCAACAGAGGCAGAGAUGAAUAGGUUGAGAUCUUCACCCCCUCCAAAAUUUAAGUUCCUUAGAGAUGCUGAGGAGAAGCUGUUAAGAAGAUUAAUGGAGGAGGCUGAAAAAAGGGCCCUAAAGAAUGGUGGGUCUGUUAAGGAGUCUGUCCUUAAAGCUUCUCCAAAUUCAGCAGAGGUUACAGAAGAGAAUAAAGUAAGAGAGCUUCAUCACCCACCACCACUGUAUCGUUCAACUCCUUCACAGGUACUUCCAUUGGCUUCUUCUCCUUCAACAUUCAGACCACUUGACAACAAAUCCACUGUGCAAUAGUUCCCAAGUAUUGACAUGAAAUAGCUUGAUCUCUCUUUUUUUCUUCUUUUAUUUUUUCUG